UAUUACUUAAUUAUUUUCACUCUUUUCCGGCCCCUUCAAAUCCCAACACAAAUACUUUGCUUCCCGCAUUUUCUUCUCCAAUUGAUUGCAAAUUCUCUUCAGAAAUAAAAGGAACAUAAAUUCGCACUCAUUUCUCGUUGCUGGGUGGAAUCUUCAUCAUAAUCUUCAAUUAUCCUAAAGAAGUGAUAGUAAUACAACAAUUGAAUUUACUGGAUUUUACCCCCUUUUGAUCUUCUGGGUAUUGAAAUGGUCCGCUGCUCUUCUCCUGUAAUCCUGUUGAUGGUUGGCCAUAUAACCAUCGCAACCCCAAACUCCAAAGCCUCUAAUUCGACAUUUUGGUUGGAGUUUGUUGGGUGUAGGACUCUAGGUAAAAGCUUGUGUAAAUUCUUUCUGUUUUGUAAUUCGUCAACUGUGUGAAUGUGCGGUACUCCGUAGUUGGAUUGGUUUGGCGUUUCUUGGGUAGCCUUUAACUGAAAACACUAACCUUGCUUUGAUUGAAGUGAAUGGUAAGUAGUAGUAGAUUCAAUUGAAUUGGAAACCCCUAACUUUGUAGUGAAGCUUCAAUCAAGAAUAAUUAAGAGAAAAUAGGGAGAGAAACAAUCAUUAUUUGCUUCGACCUGGGUUGAGGCGGCAAGUGAAUUGCAAGAACAACAAGCUUUGGGAGAAUUUGGAGCUCCGAUUCAAGAAAACACAGAGAUGGAUGUUGUAAGCGGAGAAGAGAAUGCAUUCGGGAGAAUAAUAGGGUGCAAAUAGAAGAGAAAGCAAUAACAUGGUAGGUACUCGCGAGUCAACGCCUGAAAAUGGUUGGUCAAUGUCAUUUUCCUCAAUAGUUGUACUAAUCCUGACUUUUCAAACUCUUAAAAGAUAGCCUUCUACAAUUAAUAUCAAUUUAUUAUUACUUCUGAUAACAAAUCCUCAUUCUCCGCUACCCAUGGCAAUGGCAAAUCCAAAGGAUAACAACAACAACAACAACAACAACAACCCCUUGUUGUUGGACUUCACGUUUCCUCCUUAUGAUAUUAUUCAACCCAACCAUAUAGUCCCUGGAAUUCAAUCCCUCCUUAAGCAGCUGGUAGUUGAGUUGGUUGAACUGGAGAAUAAAGUUGAACCCACAUGGCCUAAGUUGGUUGUGCCGUUGGAGGGGAUUACAGAUAGACUAAGGGUGGUUUGGGGUGUUGUUGAUCAUCUGUUAUGUGUCAAGGACUCUCCUGAGUUCAGAGCUGCUGUUGAGCAAGUUCAGCCAGAAAAGGUAGAGUUUCAGCUCCGAUUGAGCCAGAGCAAAACAAUAUACAACGCCUUCAAAGCAAUCCAUGAAUCUUCAGACUGGGACAGUUUGAGCACUGCCCGUAAACGCGUUGUUGAAGGUCAAUUAAAGACGGCGAUUCUUGGGGGUGUUUCUCUUCAGGAUAUUGAAAGAGAAAGAUUCAAUGAAAUUCAACAGGAGUUGGAGAAACUUGCCCUGAAAUUUGAGGGAAAUAUUUUGGAUGCCGUAAAAAGCUAUAAGAAGUUGAUCUCAGACAGAAAGUAUGUUGAAGGUUUGCCGGUUACAACAUUGGCACUGGCAGCAAGAGCAGCAACAACUAAGGGUUAUAAAAAUGCAACAGCAGAAAAUGGACCAUGGCUCAUCACACUGAAUCCUCCGAUAUAUCGAUCUGUAAUGCAGGAUUCUCAGGAGAGAUCACUGCGUGAAGAACUGUACCGUGCUUAUGUUUCACGUGCCUCUUCUGGAGAUUUUAAUAAUACACCAAUAAUAGAGCAAAUACUUAAACUUAGGUCAGAGAAGGCUAAGCUUCUUGGUUUCAGUAACUAUGCUGAGUUGAGCAUGGAAACAAAAAUGGCCACUGUUGAUCAAGCUAAGAAGCUCAUAGAAAGCCUUCGCAUCUCUGCAUGGGAUGCUGCAGUUCAUGAAAUGGAAGAUCUAAAAAAAUUCGCUAAAGCUAAAGGUGCUGAGGAGGCUGCUGAUUUGAACCUUUGGGACCUAAACUUCUGGAGUGAGAGAAUUCGUGAAUCGAGCUAUGACAUCAAGGAGGAAGAAUUACGUCCUUAUUUGUCAUUGCCAAAAGUUACAGAUGGCCUUUUCUCCCUGGCAAAAAUGCUCUUUGAUGUCGAUAUUCAUCCUGCAGAUGGGCAAGCUCCUGUCUGGAAUUGCGAUGUUAAGUUCUACUGUGUCAAGGAUCCUACUGGAUGUCCAAUUGCUUACUUCUAUCUUGAUCCAUAUUCUCGUCCAUCAGAAAAACGAGGUGGAGCAUGGGUAUCUCUUGUUUCUGGUCGUAGCCGUGCCCUUUCUCGUGAUGGAAAAUCUAGCAGAUUGCCCAUUGUGAACGUGGUGUGUAAUCAAACACCCCCACUAGGGAACAAACCAAGCCUGAUGACAUUUGGUGAGGUCGAGGCAAUCUUCCAUGAGUUUGGUCAUGCCCUUCAGAUAAUGUUAACCAAAGAAGAUGAGGGCUUUGUUUCUGGUAGUCAGGGAAUAGAGUGGGAUGCUGUUGAAUUGCCCUCAUCAUUCAUGGAAAAUUGGUGCUACCAGAGGAACAUAUUGACAGGCAUUGCCAAACACUACGAAACUGAGGAGGAUCUACCAGAAGAAGUAUGCACAAAACUCCUUUCUGCAAAGACUUUUCGUGCUGGCUCGCUGAUGCUUCGUCAGAUACGAUAUGCAGCUGUUGAUCUUGAGCUCCAUUCAGAAUUCGUUCCAGGGGGAUCAGAAACAAUCUACGAUGUUGAUCAAAGAAUAAGUAGAAGAACAAAUAUCAUCCCUCUCCUCGACGAAGACAAGUUUCUUUGUAGUUUCAGUCAUAUUUUUGCAGAUAGUUAUGCGGCUGGUUACUACAGUUAUCAGUGGGCGGAAGUAAUGUCAUACGAUGCAUUUUCAGCCUUUGAGGAAGCUGGGCUGGGUGAUCUAAUUGCUCUCAAGCGAAUGGGUCUAAGAUUUCGAGACACUGUUCUAGCCUUAGGGGGUGGAAAAUCGCCUCAAGAGGUAUUCAUGGAGUUUCGAGGACGGGAACCUUCACCAGAGGCAUUUCUUCGAUAUCUCGGACUAUCACCUGCAGUUGUUGCUGGUUGCUAGAUUCUUGGCCAUAAACAUCAGUUCCUUGCAGUUAGACUAAAACUAUUCAAACACUUGUGCUUUUCUUCUUGUUGUGGGUCUUUUUUUUGUUUUUACGCAUAGCACACCCAGUUGGAUCCGACCCGGGUCGCACACCUUGCUUAUGGGGGGUGAGUCUCCCAACAAGAAUUUCUGCAUACGGCGAGGCUCGAACCCGAGACCUCCCUCAAGCGGCAUCAAGCUGCUUACCACUUGAGCCAACUCUAUGUUGGUAUUGUGGGUCUUUUUAGUGUAAAAUUUAAAUCAACCUGAACCGAUACGAGCAGAAGAACAACUCAAAUUUACUAAUUAGUUUUAAAAACAAGUUUUUUUAGCUUUUCAUAUCAUCAUUAUUUUAUUUAAUAUUAUUAUUAUUAUUGU